CACGGUGUUUAAGAUCAGUUACUACAUCGACUCUUAACUGUCGGAUAAAGUAACUUCUCUCUCAACCGAAGAGAACAUUAUUUAAACUUUAUUUAUUUUUUAGAUAUUUCUCUAAAACUCAUAUCCAUCAGUAAAAAUGCGUGAGUGUAUCUCCAUCCACGUGGGUCAGGCUGGCGUCCAGAUUGGCAAUGCCUGCUGGGAGCUCUACUGUCUGGAGCACGGGAUCCAGCCGGACGGUCAGAUGCCCAGUGACAAGACCAUUGGAGGAGGAGACGACUCCUUCAACACCUUCUUCAGUGAGACUGGAGCUGGCAAGCACGUCCCCAGGGCUGUGUUUGUAGAUCUGGAGCCCACUGUCAUCGAUGAGGUGCGUUCUGGAACUUACCGCCAGCUCUUCCACCCUGAGCAGCUGAUCACUGGGAAGGAGGAUGCAGCUAACAACUACGCCCGUGGGCAUUACACCAUCGGCAAAGAGAUUAUUGACUUGGUUUUGGACAGGACCCGCAAACUGGCUGACCAGUGCACUGGCCUCCAGGGCUUCCUGGUCUUCCACAGCUUCGGAGGUGGCACCGGUUCUGGUUUCACCUCCCUGUUGAUGGAGCGCUUGUCUGUUGACUACGGCAAGAAGUCCAAGCUUGAGUUCUCCAUUUAUCCAGCUCCUCAGGUCUCCACAGCCGUUGUUGAGCCCUACAACGCCAUCCUGACCACCCACACCACCCUGGAGCACUCUGAUUGUGCUUUCAUGGUAGACAAUGAGGCCAUCUAUGACAUCUGCCGUAGGAACCUUGAUAUCGAGCGUCCCUCCUACACUAAUCUUAACAGGUUGAUCAGUCAGAUUGUGUCCUCCAUCACUGCUUCCCUCCGAUUCGAUGGUGCCCUCAAUGUUGAUCUGACAGAGUUCCAGACCAACUUGGUGCCCUACCCCCGUAUCCACUUCCCCCUGGCCACCUAUGCCCCAGUGAUCUCGGCAGAGAAGGCUUACCAUGAGCAGCUCUCUGUGUCUGAGAUCACAAAUGCUUGCUUUGAGCCAUGUAAUCAGAUGGUGAAAUGUGACCCUCGUCACGGCAAGUACAUGGCCUGCUGUCUGCUGUACCGUGGCGACGUUGUGCCCAAAGAUGUCAAUGCUGCCAUUGCCACCAUCAAAACAAAACGCUCCAUCCAGUUUGUAGACUGGUGUCCAACUGGUUUCAAGGUUGGUAUCAACUACCAGCCCCCAACUGUGGUACCUGGUGGAGAUCUGGCCAAGGUCCAGAGGGCAGUGUGCAUGCUUAGCAACACCACUGCAGUGGCAGAGGCCUGGGCCCGUCUUGACCACAAGUUUGAUCUGAUGUAUGCCAAGCGUGCUUUUGUGCACUGGUACGUAGGUGAGGGUAUGGAGGAGGGAGAGUUCUCUGAGGCCAGGGAGGACAUGGCUGCCCUGGAGAAAGAUUAUGAAGAAGUGGGCGUCGACUCCAUUGAGGGAGAGGAGGAGGGAGAGGAGUAUUAAAGUGAAUUUAUUUGCCCUAGUCAAAUCACAAGCAAGCUUAUCACUGGUUACAAGUUAAUAUGGCUCAGCUUUCCUUAUUAGUGUUGGAAAUUGCUAGCAAGCACUGUCACACAUCAUAGAUUGGGCGGCAGGUAGCCUAGCGAUUAAGAGCGACCAGGUGAAAGAAAAUGUGUCAAUGUGCCCUUGAGCAAGCCCUAAUUGCUCUGGAAAAUAGAGUGCUAAGUGACUAAAAUGGAAAUGCCAUGAUGUCCGUUUGCACCAUGGUUAAGGAAAUGUGCAGGAAAUGUGCUGUAGUUGUGUUCAGGGAAUGUUAUGGUGAUGCAAUUGUUUUACUUUUUACAGUUUUACACUGCAACUUUCUGUCCUCUUCUGACUUUGAUAUAUAAUAAAUUACUUAAUUUUUUUUACAUUUUCAACAAAAUUCAAUGGAUCUUCAUCAGCUUCACUCACCAGGACUUAUCACAGUAUUUCCCAAGAAUAAAUAAUAAUAAUUAUUAUUGCAGUGUAAUAUCCAUGUAUGUACAUAUUGUUACAUAGUUCUACAACUAUCUGUUUGUGUAAUUACACAUGGGCAAUUUAUAUGCAUAUAAAAUCGCACACAAGUUAUAUGCAUAUAUUUGGCAAUUUUUUAAAACUUGCAGCAACGUUAUGCUCUUUUCCAGCAGCUUAACAAAAUAUUUCAUGCAGCAUUCUGAGAAAUGUCAACAGAAUCAAAACUAAAUCAAAUGAACAUUUUAAUGCAAUAGAGUUGUGCCUUUCUUUUUAUUUAUCUCAAACCGACACAUCAUUGCAUUUUCCCCAUGGUUCUUUUUAUAUACAUUUUUAUCUGAAAUACAUAACGUAAAAGCAAUAGCUUGUUCUUUAUAUUUAAUCAUGUAAAUCAUAUCUUCUGACAUCAACUGGUUUACAAUAAGAAGAGACAGCUUUAGUAUUGAGUAUUGAUUGUGGUGACAAUUAGAGCCCUAUAAUUUGCAUGGACUUUCCUUCAAUACCUCUAUUUUCCUUAGACUUCACUCAAUUCCUUUCAAUGCUACAGUACUUUUACCAUGCCACCCUGUGGCCAAACCUCUGUUCUGCUUCAGGAAUGGGUUCCUCCUCUUUAUUCGUGGCAAUGUAAUGAUAACACCCAAAACAGUUCAAUUCUGAAUAGACUUCAAGACUCACAUCAAUAAUAAACCAGUCAACGCGCUUACAUUUCUUGAUCUAUGGACAGGAAAAUCAGUACUAGUUUAGUAAGGGCAUGGAGGACAAAAGCAAGAAUGCAAGCUUAGAUAGGACUAGGAAAAUGUGAAGGUAUACCGGUAGUUGGAAGAUUCCUACAUAAUUUACAUUUUAAUGCUUAUUUUUGGGGUGACAUUAUAUAUGUUAUAUCACAGUGCUGUGAUUUUUUGGGCAAUUCAAAUUAGACCAGUUAACAAAGAAAAUGUAUGUGUUGGAAGGUUACAAGAGGCAGUCAUUCAUUGUUAUGAUUACAUUCUAAGGAAGAGUGAGUAAUAACAGAAAAAGCACAGCAUAAAUUGCUACAUUUUUGUAAACGUUCAUCAGUUUUUCUUUUCUUAAAUAAAAAAAGUAUGUGGGUCAAAAUAAAUAUAAUAUUUUGUCACAAGUGAUGCAACGGGAGAAACAAACACAUUUAUUUAGGCUUUUGGGGUUUCUUUUUUGUUCUGUGUUGAAAAUGUAUACAUUUCUAAAACAUUAUACUUUUUAUUAAAGUUACUUUCAGUGUAA